AGUCUCUGCUCUCUGUUCCUGGGCUUUUGCCCUUCUUGGUUUGGUUCUGCUCUGUCUCUGGGUUUAGGAGGAGUGCCUGUUUCCUCUAUCUUCUGAUGGAUGAGCAGAUGAAGGGAUGAGCCAUGGCUUUGUUUCCUGGGGGUUUUGUCUUCUUGGUCAGGUUAGGAGGAGAAAGUCCCAAUAUUUCUUGCGGGGAACUUGCCAGUUUUGAAAGAGUUCACAAGCGGACCUGAACACAUAUUGAUCUCUGAGGUGCACCCCGAUUGAAGCCAUGGGGUCCGGGGACUGGUUCAAGACGAUCAUCAGCAAGAAGAAGUCGAAACGGGGCAAGUCAAAGCACGCAAAGCUUGCAGGUCAAGUACCAAAUGGUGGGAACCAGACAAAUCAAAAGUCCAAUGGCCCUUGUUCCAGUAGUGACCCUGAAGACAAUGCAGCACUAGAGGAAUGGGCAGCUACUCGGAUUCAGAACGUGUUUCGGAGAUACAAGGCAAGAAAAACCCUCCGUUGUCUCAAGGGAGUCAAAAGAUUGCGUAUCAUCGGUCAGGCCAAUCCGGUUAAGAAGCAGACUGCUGCCACACUGAGUUACAUACAGUCGUGGAACAAGUUGCAAUCAGAGAUAAGAACCCGCCGUGCUUUCAUGGUCACUGAAGGGCGCAAUAGGAAGAAGAAGCAAGAGAAUCAAAUGAAACUUGAGGCAAAGCUCCAUAAUUUGCAGGUUGAAUGGAACGGUGGCUCCGAUACUAUGGAUGAAAUACUUGCUAGGAUACAACAAAGGGAAGAAGCAGCAGUGAAGCGUGAGCGAGCCAUGGCCUACGCAUUCAACCACCAGUGGAGGGCAAGGCCUGGCGCAGGUCUAGGGAGCUUCAGCUACGAAGUCGGGAAGGGUGGCUGGGGCUGGAGCUGGAUGGACCGCUGGAUCGCUGCACGGCCAUGGGAGCCCCGGGUCCUGGUCCACCCCGAGAACCCGAAAAAAGCGCAGGCAAAGAAGGAGAACAGCAGCACAAACCAAUCAGCUCUGAAGCUGCAAGGCUCCAUCAGCCUAAGCAACAAUAUCAAUGACCGGAAAGUCCCUAAGAAGAAGCCAUCGCCAUCGCCAUCACCCUCUCCUACUGAUCAGAAGAAACCGGUACCGAAGGAGCAGAGAGCAAAGGCAGCCGGAACGCCUCCGAAAGCAAAGGCCAAGGACACGAAGGGGAGCCAAGAGAAGAAGCCGCAGGAGCAGCAGCGGCAGCAGGUGGUACCUUCGCUCAGUGCAUGAAGCUUGCCGCCGGGAAGAUGGUUGCUGCUUACUGUGCGAUACAUCUUGUGAAGUUCUUCUUUGUGUUUGUUGUUUGUUUUUUUCCAUUUUGUUUCACGAUGAUACAGAACAAAGAAGUGGCCAAUGUAGAAUAUGUUUGGUUUGAGUGAUUGCGCACAUAUCAAAUAUCUGAUGAGAAUGGUUUUGGUUAGGACUAGGAUCUCUGCUAUUCACUGCGUGCUGUUGUGGUGUUGUAAUAAGACUUGCCUGGCUAUGUGCUUGAAAGGAAUGUCUUGUUGGAACAUAA